UCAAAAUAUUUACGUCAACGCGCUUAACUCUCGAGCUAUUUCAGAUAAGUUUCUCAUAAAACAAUAAAUUAAUAUAAUUAACAAUGGGUGAGAGGGCAGCUGCAUCCGCAGAAGACACGCUAAUCCGAUAUGACAAUCCUGUGUUGGUAACCAAAAAGCAGGAGGCGGCGCCAGCUGGCGUGGCUGCUGCAGCUGCGCAGCCCUGCAUUCCCACUGAGGCUAAACGGGAAACUGAAGAAAUACUAAACGCCAUUCUGCCGCCGAAAGAAUGGGAAGAAGAGGGCCAAAUCUGGACUCAAAAGAUUUCUUCAACGCCAGCGACGCGACUGGACGUGAUCAACCUGCAAGAGAUGUUGGAUACUCGUUUGCAGCAACGACAGGCGCGGGAAACUGGCAUCUGUCCGGUCCGUCGGCAACUUUAUACGCAGUGCUUCGAUGAACUCAUACGACAGGUGACAAUAAACUGCGGUGAAAGAGGACUUCUGCUUCUGAGAGUUCGCGAUGAAGCAAGAAUCACGAUGGAAGCGUAUCAGACAUUGUACUGUAGCUCAAUCGCUUUCGGCAUGAGGAAAGCACUACAGUCAGAACAAGGCAAAUCCGACCUAAUGGAACAAGUGGCGAAGCUGGAAGCGGAGCGUUCAGCUCUCGAAAAGACUUGUGCAGAGUUGAAGCAGAAGACAGAACAGCUUGAGCGUCGGGCGGCUGAGCUACGUGCUGCCGAGGAGAAGAGACACCAGGAGGAACUUCUGGCCUUGAAGAAGACCAAUGCCCAGCUCAAGGCUCAACUAGAGGGUAUCAUCGCUCCGAAGAAAUAACCUAUUCUUAAAAUAUUUAUUAAUUGUUUUUGUUAAAGCUUGAUUAAGGAACUGUGUUCCUAUACAUAUAAACGUA